AUGUCGCUGUUGUGCCAGAGUUCUAGACCAUCGCCAUCGAGGAUAGAACCAUCGCCCCCACCGAGAACAUCUUCCCCAGAACAUCUUCACGACUGUGCGAGGAAAGCAAAGAGUUUCAAAACCACCGAGAGACGCCUGCUUCCGAAAACUCUAAAGCUAAUACGUCAGCGUGGAGUUGCACGAGUUGCGAACAACCAAGAACUCACGUCCAAGCCCGCAAGGCUUUGCAGAGAGGCGAUAAAGGGAGACCUCAAAGAGAGAAGAGCAGAAUUGUUGCCUGAAGCUGUAGAGGUGGGGCAGAGCAUUCGCUACACCCAUCGGAACUUCGCCAAUCGUAAUACAAUAAUGACUGCUCUCCGGACCCCAGAUGGAAGAACUACAGCAUCGAGAAUGGUGAUGGAAAAGGCCAUUCACUACUUCUACUCGGAUCUCUUCGACAGCCACGUCCACUUGCCUCCUCACCAUCUGAGGGAAGAUGGACAUGUCAUUCUCAAAGUUCUCCCUUCCGAAGUCCGACAUGCCAUCAUGUCGGUGAAGAAUUGUAUUUCACUCAGCCCGACAGAAUCAAGCAUGAACAUCUGA